AUGGGUGCCGUAACUCCAAACCCCAAAGCUAUAAAACGACGGACCACCUCACUCUGGACCACCAACACAGCUCCCCUUGAGCUCAGUUGUACGACGUCGAAUUUUACCAGUCCACUAGCUUCCUCUUACUCUCCACAAGUUGUCAACAUGAAAUUCUUAUUCUCUGCCAUCGUUGCCGCCGUCACCAUUGUGGGCACCAAUGCCAUUCCCAGCCCUCAAGGCGGGACAUUCUGCACGGCUGUCUGCCGCCCUGUCAAACCCGUCUGCCCUGCCGGACAGGCCCCCACCGGCUCCGAGGGCUGUUGGGGUUGCUGUGUUCCCAGUCCAGCUCUUCCCAUCAAACCGAAGACGACCGACGACCCGACCAUCUGUGCUGCCGUCUGCCGCGAAGAGGAGCCCGUCUGCCCUGCCGGCGAGAAAGCUACGGGAGGACCAGGCUGUUGGGGAUGCUGCCAGCCCGUGAAUACCCUCCCAGCUCGACAGGACGCGUGUACCACCGUCUGCCGCCCCGAAAAGCCGGUCUGCGAUGCUGGUGAGGCACCUACCGGGUCCGAGGGAUGCUGGGGAUGCUGCGAACCGAUUGCUCCAGUCGCGUUGAAGGAGGUCACGUCGAACACGACCGAAUCUGAUGAUAGGAUGUGUCUCACUGUCUGCCUUGAAGAAGAGCCGGUCUGUCCCCCGGGCGAGAAGCCAAGGGGAGCGCCAGGAUGCUGGGGAUGCUGCGAACCUGCCUAA